AUGGCGGCCGGUUUUAUUUUGCUCCGUGUAUUACAAAUUUUGUUUACUUUAAUUUGGGUUUGUGUACUUCUUAAAGCAGACAACUAUCUUCCUGAUGGCCUGGGAUAUUGUGCAAACAAGGGUUUGUCUGUCAAACGUGUGUCAAUGCGAUGUCUUAAAGAUGAUUUUAACACGGCGUGUGAGCAACGAAAUCAGUUUGAAUUUGGUAAUCUGUUCCAGCGUUGGCUAUGUUUGAGCUUAAUCAAGUGUACAAAUCACGGGUCAGUAUGUUUACUUCUGUCGUGUAAAUCCAUCAUGGAAAUGACUAUUAAUGCUCCUAACCAUUACUUUCGACUGGAAAAAACAGUUAAAAUAAUUUAUCAGAGCAUUGAUUGCAAACUCGAAGAUGAUUUGAACAAACAAAAUACAGCUCGAAUUUGCAUAACUUAUACGCAUGAAUACGCACAAAUACAAACAUGUCGGUGUACAUUUUAUAUAAUAACACUGAAUGCUACCAAGGCUCUACGAUUAAAACUCAAACGGUGUAAAAGACCGGUUGCUUAUUAUAGCAACUCCACUGCAUCACAGAGACUAAUACUGAGUGGGGAUAUUGAACAAAACCCAGGACCAUUUCAACAAAAUGCUGUUGAGCAGAUAUCCGUAAGAAUUACUACGCGAGAGAAACGAAACCCCCCAGCUAGUCAUUACAACGGCAUAACCAUUAACACCCGCUUACUGAGACCAUUAAACCGUGUUAAUGAAAAUAUCGGCAAUUGCGGACAGCCACACUGUAUCAAAGUAUCCCAUCUCAACAUACGCUCGCUGAAAGAUCGUGGGAAAUUUCACCAGGUCAAUGAUCUUAUUUUAAGAAGUGACUUUGAUGUUUUCACAAUUUCUGAAACGUGGUUUAAUUCUACUGUUAAGAACAAAGAAUAUAGCAUUGAUGGAUAUAAACUUAUAAGAUUAGACAGGCUCAAGAAAGCUGGAGGUGGUGUAUGCGCCUAUAUCCGAAACUCUCUGAAAGUUAGGGUGCUCCGAGACAUCACGAAAACAUCCCAGUGCGGUUUCCAGCAGCUUUGGCUAAGCCUUCAACAUAAGAAACUAAAGUCACUUGUAAUUUGCGUUGCGUAUCGUCCACCAGAUACACCUGUCUCUUGUCUCAGAAAUGAACUGACCGCAGCUUACACCCAUGCAGUUAUGCUCGGCAAAGAUAUUUUAGUAGCAGGAGAUUUAAAUUGCAACUUACUCGUUGACUCCACCGAAUCUUGCGCUCUAAGAGACCUGUGUUCAACUCUAAAUCUUACGCAGCUGAUCUCAUCUCCCACAAGAGUAACUGAGACAUCGCAAACGCUUAUUGAUGUUAUACUUGCCUCCAAUGUAGACCUUGUCAAGAAAUCUGACGUUCUUAGCAUCACUAUUAGCGAUCAUUUUCUGGUUUACUCUACACUGAACCUGAAAAUGCCUCGAACAAAACCAGUCACAAUUACAACUCGUAGCUAUAAGAACUUUAAUGCAGACGCUUUUUGUAACGAUAUAUCAAAGAUCCCUUGGGAUACCGUCACGGUUUUUGACCACACUGACGAUCAGGUCUCCUGUUUCAAUAAUCUUUUUCAAGAUGUUUUAGAACAGCAUGCCCCCGUAAAAACGUUUAAAUCUAAAUAUCGCAAAUCCAAGGUGAUAACUCCUGAGAUCAGAGAUUUAAUGCGUGAACGUGAUAGAUUGCGGAAACGUGCACAUCAAAGAUCUAAUCCCCGUGACUGGGAGCGUUACAGAGGCCUACGACAAGAGGUUAAAUCGAAGAUAAUGCUGUCAGAAAUCCAGUUAGUGAAAGAUGAAAUCAGUGAGAACAAGAGUAACAAGACAUCCAUCUGGAAAACUGUCCGACAUUGCUUAAACCCAUGCGGUAAUUCAACCACCGCUUACUCACGCGACUGUACAGAGAUUGCCAACGAAUUCAAUCUGUUCUUUACAUCAGUUGGCGAAGCUGCUGCAAAACAAGCCCAGAAAUUGGCUAUAGACUACGAACUAGAAGCUGUUGCCCCUACCAAUUCUAUCAUUGAGGAAUGCGUGGAUGGCAUUGCCCCGUUUCUGUUCAAUUGCGUUACACAGGAACAAGUAAGAAACAUCAUCAUGAAUAUGCCGACAAACAAGGCUCCGGGGUAUGAUAAAGUUGGUAUGAAAGUUCUCAAGAUGUGUCUCCCUUCCAUCUUACCUGUAAUUACAGACAUGUUUAAUACAUCACUUUCAACUGCAUGUUUCCCGAAGGACUGGAAACAUGCUGAGGUAGUGGCGCAUCUAAAAGAGGGGGACCAUGAAGUAGCCGGUAAUAAUCGUCCCAUCUCUCUACUACCAGUAAUGUCAAAGGUUUUGGAAAGACUAGCACAUGACCAAUUUGUUGAUUAUCUAACAACCAACAACAUGCUCUCUGAUCACCAGAGUGGAAAUAAGAAAUGCCAUUCAACGGAAACGUUGGGAAUCCUGUUCACUAGUCAUCUUUACAGGGCUAUCGACGAGAAAAAGGUGACAGCCGUUCUUAUGUUGGACUUGAGUAAAGCAUUUGAUAGCAUUGACCAUCGGAGAUUGCUAGAUAAACUACGAAAGUUCAAUAUUCCUGAUCUAACCUUGGCUUGGUUUCAAAGCUACUUAACUGACAGAACACAAUGCGUACGUAUUCAAAACUCUCUUUCGGAUUCUUUACCAAUCAAACAUGGAGUUCCACAGGGGUCUAUCCUGGGACCCCUGUUGUUUAAUCUCUACAUAAACGACUUACCAUCAGUCUGCCAGACUUGUAACGUUGAAUCUUAU